AUGAAUGUAAAGAAUGAAAGGAAAACUUUCAUAGUGCAUGGAAAGCUUAUUUGGCAUCAGAGUAUUCAAACUGGUGAAAAACCUUUUGUCUGUAAAGAAUGUGGAAAGGCCUUUAGUACCUUCUUAUACCUUGUUCAACAUCAGCGAAUUCAUUGUGAAAAACCCUAUAAAUGUAAAGAAUGUGGGAACACCUUUAGCACUAGCUCCCCCCUUAUUAAACAUCGGAGAAUUCAUACAGGUGAGAAACCCUAUGAGUGUAAGGAAUGUGGGAGGGCCUUUACUGUGUAUGGACAGCUUACUUGACAUCAGAGUAUUCACACUGGUGAGAAACCCUUUGAAUGCAAGGAAUGUGGAAAGGCCUUUAGACUUAGUUCAUUUCUUAAUGCACAUCAGGGAAUUCAUGCAGGGGUUAAGCCCUAUGAAUGCAAAGAAUGUGGAAAAGGCUUUAGUCAAGCCUCAUACCUUGUUCAACAUGAAAAGCUUUAUACAGGUGAGAAACCCUUUGAGUGUAAGGAGGGUGGUAAGGACUUUGGUACUGGCUUAUAGCUGGUUCAGCAUCAGAGAAUUCAUACUGGUGAGAAUCUCUAUGAAUGUCAGGUGUGUGGCAAGGUUUUUAUUAGUUGCUAUCAACUUACUGUACAUCAGAGGGUUCAUACUAGUGAGAAACCCUCUGAGUGUAAGGAAUGUGGAAAGGCCUUUAGAGUACAUGCACAUCUUAUACAACAACAGAAAAUUCACACUGAUGUGAAACCCUAUGAAUGUAAAACAUGCAAAGCUUUUAGUCAUGCCUCAUACAUUGUACAACAUGGGAGAAUCCAUACUGGUGAGAAACCCUAUGAGUAUAAGGAAUGUGGGAAGGCCUUUAGUUCUGGCUCUUACCUUGUUCAACAUCAGAGAAUUCAUAGUAGUGAGAAAUGUUAUGAAUGUAACAAAUGUGACAAAGCCUUUACUGUACAUGGAAAACUUAUUGGACAUCAGAGCGUUCAUACAGGUGAGAAACCCUUUGAAUUCAAGGAAUGUGAAAACACCUUUAAACUUAAUUCAUUCCUUACUGAACAUCAGAGGAUACACACUGUUGAAAAACCUUUUAAAUGUAAAAAAUGCAGGAAGGCAUUUAGACAUAAAGGCCUUAAAGCACAUCAGAGAAACCACAUGGCUGUCAAUCCCUAA